GCUCCUGAUGCUGCCGCCAAGUUACACCGUGUUGGGGCAAUUAGCAAGGAGGUGUCCACUUCUUUCCGUGGAGGCACCGCUGGCUUGGGAAGAUUGUGAGAGUCUAAGACCUUCAAACAAUGAAUAACCUGAUGGCUCCUGAAUUAACUGGGAAAACAAACACCCCAAGUGCCAGUUGAAGAGUGCGUCUGUAUAUGGGAGAGCUUUCUCUACACAUACACCUUCAUAAGAAGGCAGGCUCAUUCUGCACAUUGAGAGUUUUGCAACUGAUGAACAUUAAUCUUAAGCAUCAAAUGGAACAACUUCAUACUGCUGGGGUCUGGAGUCCCUGGAGGACAGUCCAUCACUAAUGGCAAAUUUUCCUUAUGGUGUUCAUGGGCAAAGCAAGUUUGCAGAAGAAAAAAAAUCACACAGAUUAAGCCUCAAGAAUAUCCCUCCAGUUUAAAGAACGAACAGAUUUUAAAACUCUGGAUUGAAAUUCAGUAGCUUUUACUGUGCUCGUGGCUCCAGUGAGGGAACGGAUCUGAAAAGGAACAGUUUUCUUUGUGUCUUUAGCUAACUAUUUGAAAAUUUUUAUUUAUUAUCUUUUUCUUUUCUGCAUAAUUAAGGUAUUUUAAAAUACUAAUUGGAACUGUCAAUUACAAAAUAAGUAUCAAGGAAAAACCUUUCUUGGUUGAGAGGUGUAUGAACAGGCUUGAAUGUGAACAAGAAGGUGUCUUUUCAGCAAAGUGUAGAGCUGUUCUCGAGAUGAUACAGCUUGGGGGACUCUGCUGCACACCUGGGUGGAUGGUUUAAAGACUUGCCUAUGAGAGGAAGAUGGUUUAAUGGACUUAAUGCCAAGAUUCUUUUUUUUUUCAUCAAGAUAGAAGAAUACAUGAUCUUUAGGAACAAAAACGCAGAGAAACGAGUUAAAGGAAAAACAAACUCCUGCAGUCUCUUUGUCAGCAAGAAGUAUGAGUAAGGAAAGCUCUUGGUCCAGAUUGAAGCUCUAACCUCUUCCUCUGAGGGAAGGGACUUUGCUCUAGUCCCUAUGGCACUGAGGGAUGCUCCAGUCAAUGGGAGAGUCAUUCCAGGGUGUCCCAUGUUCCUAGGGACACAGGGCCAGUCUUUGAGACAGGAAACUUCUGGUUGUGAACAUUGGGCAAAGUGUUUCUCUUCCUAAAAUUUGGGCUGCUGUCUGCACACGAGCUCCGGCCUGAUUUUGCACAUUAGUGUGCCUUUUCCCUCAUGCAACCUUUUUCAGCUAGACAACAGAAAUUUGCCUAGUUUAGAAAGCGUGCCGGAUGGUGAGUUCAGAAGGAAGAUGAUCUUGUAUGGUCAUUGUCUGAAUUUGAACUUUUGAAUAGAAAAUUUCAGCUAGAGGGAUUCUUACCGCCUUAAGUUACUUGAAAUCUGUGUGUUCACAACCUUUUAUCUCUGGAAUCACAUUACGCAAAACUGGAAUCUCAGGCUGAGAAUAACCAGAGUAAAGACAAAGAGAACUUAGUUUCUGUCACCACACACUAACAGAGCUCUUUCUCCAGAGGGUUGGCGUGUUUUUCCCAAGAACUUUGAAAUGAAAAUGGACCCCAUGUGUUUUUAGGUAUACCUUAGCAGACUGAUGUUAUCUUUUAUAGAGGAAUUUUUUUCACUAUUCGGUUUAAUCGUUAUAAGAUACUGACCUUAAUUAGACUCUAGAGCAGUUGUAGCUAAAGGAGAAACAAAACCAAACCAAGUCCAGCCCCAAAAAUAAGCCAAUGAAAGAACUUGGCUUGAAAUUCUUAAUACGUUUUAAGUGAAAUAAUUUAUUGAAAAAAGUAUGUAUGCAGCAGUGGAACAUGGGCCUGUGCUUUGCAGUGACUCCAACAUCCUCUGCCUGUCCUGGAAAGGGCGUGUCCCCAAGAGCGAGAAGGAGAAGCCUGUGUGCAGAAGGCGCUACUAUGAAGAGGGAUGGUUGGCCACAGGCAAUGGGCGUGGUGUGGUAGGGGUGACUUUCACCUCUAGUCACUGUCGCAGAGACCGCAGUACUCCACAGAGAAUCAACUUCAACCUGCGAGGCCACAACAGUGAGGUUGUGCUGGUGAGAUGGAAUGAGCCUUAUCAGAAACUGGCCACAUGUGAUGCAGAUGGAGGAAUAUUUGUGUGGAUCCAGUAUGAAGGCAGGUGGUCUGUGGAACUGGUCAAUGACCGUGGGGCUCAGGUGAGUGACUUCACAUGGAGCCACGACGGGACUCAGGCGCUUAUUUCCUACCGCGAUGGGUUUGUCUUGGUUGGUUCUGUCAGUGGACAAAGACACUGGUCAUCUGAAAUCAACUUGGAAAGCCAGAUCACGUGUGGUAUAUGGACUCCUGAUGACCAGCAGGUGUUGUUUGGCACAGCAGAUGGACAGGUGAUCGUCAUGGACUGCCACGGCAGAAUGCUGGCCCAUGUCCUCUUGCAUGAAUCUGAUGGCAUCCUCAGCAUGUCGUGGAAUUACCCCAUCUUCCUGGUGGAGGACAGCAGUGAAAGUGACACAGACUCAGAUGACUAUUCUCCUCCCCAAGAUGGUCCUGCAGCAUACCCCAUCCCUGUGCAGAACAUCAAGCCUCUGCUCACCGUCAGCUUCACCUCGGGAGACAUCAGCUUAAUGAACAACUAUGAUGACUUAUCCCCCACUGUCAUCCGUUCAGGGCUGAAAGAGGUGGUGGCCCAGUGGUGUACACAAGGAGACUUACUGGCAGUUGCUGGGAUGGAGCAGCAGCCCCAGCUCAGCGAACUGCCCAAUGGUCCUCUUCUGAAGAGUGCCAUGGUCAAGUUCUACAAUGUUAGAGGGGAGCACAUCUUCACACUGGACACACUUGUGCAGCGCCCCAUCAUAUCCAUCUGUUGGGGCCAUCGUGACUCCCGGCUGCUUAUGGCCUCAGGACCAGCCCUGUACGUGGUUCGUGUAGAACACCGAGUGUCCAGCCUCCAGCUGCUGUGCCAGCAGGCCAUUGCCAGCACCCUUCGAGAAGAUAAGGAUGUCAGCAAGCUGACCUUGCCUCCUCGACUCUGUUCCUACCUGUCCACUGCCUUCAUCCCCACCAUCAAGCCCCCAAUUCCAGACCCCAACAAUAUGCGAGACUUUGUCAGCUACCCCUCAGCUGGCAAUGAGCGGCUGCACUGCACCAUGAAGCGUACAGAAGAUGACCCAGAGGUCGGUGGGCCUUGCUACACACUCUACCUUGAAUACCUGGGAGGACUCGUGCCCAUUCUCAAAGGGAGGCGCAUCAGCAAGCUGCGGCCAGAGUUUGUCAUCAUGGACCCUCGGACAGACAGCAAAUCAGAUGAGAUCUAUGGAAACAGCUUUAUUUCUACUGUGAUUGACAGCUGCAACUGCUCGGACUCCAGUGACAUUGAACUGAGUGAUGAUUGGGCUGCCAAGAAGUCUCCCAAAAUUUCCAGAGCUAGCAAAUCGCCUAAACUUCCAAGGAUCAGCAUUGAGGCCCGCAAGUCGCCCAAGCUGCCACGGGCUGCUCAAGAGAUUUCUCGGUCUCCCCGAUUGCCCAUGCGCAAACCCUCCAUGGGCUCACCCAGCCUGACUCGGCGAGAGUUUCCUUUUGAAGACAUCAGUCAGCACAACUAUCUUGCUCAGGUCACAUCCAAUAUCUGGGGAACCAAAUUUAAGAUUGUGGGCUUGGCUGCGUUCCUGCCAACCAACCUUGGUGCAGUAAUCUAUAAAACCAGCCUGCUGCAUCUCCAGCCGCGGCAGAUGACCAUUUAUCUCCCAGAAGUUAGGAAGAUCUCCAUGGACUAUAUUAAUCUACCUGUCUUCAACCCAAAUGUUUUCAGUGAAGAUGAGGAUGAUUUACCAGUUACUGGAUCAUCGGGUGUCCCUGAAAACAACCCACCUUGUACUGUGAACAUCCCUAUUGCACCAAUCCACAGCUCUGCUCAAGCUCUGUCCCCCACACAGAGCAUAGGGCUGGUACAAUCCCUGCUGGCCAAUCAAAAUGUGCAGCUGGAUGUCUUGACCAAUCAGACAACAGCUGUAGGGGCAGUAGAGCAUGCAGGUGAUGCUGCCACCCAAUACCCAGUUUCCAGUCGGUACCCCAAUCCUGGACAGGUGAUUUUUGGAGGUGUAGAAAUGGGCCGCAUCAUUCAAAACCCUCCUCAAUUGCCUUUGCCUCCACCUCCGCCACCGCCACCACCGCAGGGGCCUCUCCAGCUGUCUGUGGUGGACCAUGGAGAUCGAGACCAUGAGCACCUGCAGAAGUCAGCCAAGUCCCUGCGACCAGUGCUUCAGCUGGCAGCCGAGGGGGAUGCAGUGGUUUUCAGUGCCCCUCAGGAAGUCCAGGUGGCAAAGAUGAAUCCCCCACCCCCAUACCCAGGAACGAUCCCUGCUGCCCCCACCACAGCAGCACCCCCACCUCCUCUGCCUCCACCACAGCCCCCAGUGGAUGUGUGUCUGAAGAAAGGUGACUUCUCCCUCUGCUCUCCAGCAGCACAUUACCAGCCUCCCCUAGGCUAUGAGAGGAUCACCACCUUUGACAGCAGCGGCAAUGUGGAAGAGGUAUGCCGGCCUCGCACUCGGAUGCUCUGUUCCCAGAACACCUACACUCUUCCUGGCCCAGGUAGUUCUGCUACCUUGAGACUCACAACCACUGAGAAGAAGGUUCUCCAACCCUGCACCAGUGCCACACUGAACCGCCUGACUGUCCCUCGAUACUCCAUCCCCACAGGGGAUCCACCUCCAUACCCUGAAAUUGCUGGUCAGCUGGCUCAGGGACGGAGUGCCACUCAAAGACUGGACAGUAGUCUCAUCCAUGCCACCUUGCGAAGGAACAACCGUGAGGUUGCGCUUAAGAUGGCCCAGCUGGCUGACAGCUCCCGUGCCCCACUGCAGUCCCUGGUCAAGCCUAAGGGUGGCCCUAGUGGGGCAGUGGCACAGCUCCCAGCAAGGCCUCCACCUGCCCUGUAUACCUGCAGCCAGUGCAGUGGAGCUGGGUCCAGCUCACAGCCAGGUGCAGCCCUGGCCCAUGCUAUCAGCACCUCCCCACUAGCCUCCCAGUCGUCCUACAACCUUCUGAGCCCUCCGGACACCUCCCGUGAUCGUACUGACUAUGUCAACUCAGCCUUCACAGAGGACGAGGCCCUGUCCCAGCACUGUCAGCUGGAGAAGCCUCUGAGGCAUCCCCAACUUCCUGAAGCUGCUGUCACAGUGAAGCGGCCUCCCCCUUACCAGUGGGACCCUGUGCUGGGUGAGGACGUUUGGGUUCCUCAAGAAAGGACAGCACAACCUGCAGUGCCCAACCCCUUAAAACUGUCCCCCCUGAUGCUAGGGCAAGGCCAGCACCUGGAUGUAGCUCGAGUGCCCUUUGUGUCGCCCAAGUCUCCGUCCAGCCCUACUGCCACCUUCCAGACAGGCUAUGGCAUGGGAGUGCCAUAUCCAGGCAGCUAUAACAACCCCUCUUUGCCUGGAGUACAACCUCCGUGCUCCCCUAAAGAUGCCCUGUCCCCAGCACAGUUUGCACAACAGGAGUCUGCUGUUGUACUUCAGCCAGCGUACCCACCCAGUCUUUCCUAUUGCACCUUGCCCCCCACAUACCCAGGAAGCAGCACAUGUUCCAGUUUACAGCUGCCACCUAUCGCCUUGCACCCUUGGAGUUCCUAUAGCACCUGCCCACCCAUGCAAAAUCCCCAGGGCACUCUCCCAUCCAAGCCCCAUUUAGUGGUGGAGAAGCCUCUUGUGUCCCCACCACCUGCAGAGCUCCAGAGCCACAUGGGCACAGAGGUGAUGGUAGAGACUGCGGACAAUUUCCAAGAAGUCCUCUCUCUGACAGAAAGCCCUGUCCCCCAGAGAACAGAAAAAUUUGGAAAGAAGAACCGGAAGCGCCUGGAUAGCCGAGCAGAGGAAGGAAAUGUUCAGGCCAUCACUGAGGGCAAAGUCAAAAAGGAUGCAAGGGCAUUGAGUGACUUUAAUUCUCUCAUCUCCAGCCCUCGCCUGGGGAGAGAGAAGAAGAAAGUGAAAAAUCAGAAAGACCAACUGAAAUCCAAAAAGUUGAACAAGACAAACGAAUUCCAGGACAGCUCAGAGAGUGAACCCGAGCUGUUCAUCAGCGGGGAUGAGCUGAUGAACCAAAGCCAGGGCAGCAAGAAGGGGUGGAAGAGCAAGAGGAGCCUGCGUACAGCCAGUGAGCUGGAGGAAUUCAAGUGCCGCAAAGCCAGUGAGAAGGAAGACGGGCGACUGGGCAGUCAAGGCUUCGUGUAUGUAAUGGCCAACAAACAGCCUCUGUGGAAUGAAGCCACACAGGUGUACCAGCUGGAUUUUGGAGGAAGGGUGACCCAGGAAUCUGCCAAGAACUUCCAGAUUGAGCUGGAGGGGCGGCAGGUGAUGCAGUUUGGACGGAUUGACGGUAAUGCGUACAUCCUAGACUUCCAGUACCCCUUCUCAGCUGUGCAGGCUUUCGCUGUUGCCCUGGCCAAUGUGACUCAGCGCCUAAAAUGAAGAGACAGAUGCAGAGGGAGACAUGCCAGGAGCCUUUGGAGGAAGAUGUGCUGCUGCUACCAAGGACCGGAGACAGCAACAGUAGAAGAAGCCAGCAGGCAGGAGGGUGCUGUUGUUUAGAUGUGGUCAAUUGUCCAUUUAUCCUUUAUUGCCCCUCCUUUCUCCUUUUGAUAGAGUAGUAUUUGGAAGCCAAGAACUUGAGGGAUCUUGUGUUCUGGAAGGCAGUGUAGCUUGUCUACAGAAUGUUUCACUGAUUUACUUUUCAGUAACUAGGAUGAAGACCUUUGGAAAGAAGACAGAUUGUUUUGAGCCUGCUCUUCUUUUAGGCGUAGGGAGUAUGUGUAAGUGUUCAUUCUUCAUGUUAUCUGGACUCUGUUACUGUUAUCACUAGUGCAAAAAAAAGUUUGGUUUUUUUUUUUUUUCAACAUAACCAAAACUCUGGAAGAUUUAGCUUCUCUUUUGAGGGAGGACAAAACUUAAUUCACACAUAUGUGCUGCUUACUAGAAGGUACCUACACGAAUGAAGGACACAUAUGCAAAUGACUUGUGCUCUGCUGAUGGAAACCAAGGUGAACGGCUGCUGUCACUAGUGUGUGUGUGAUUUGGUAGGCAGUCCAUGAGGCGACAGGCCUACAGCACUCUACAGAUACCUGGGUGAGCUUGUGCAAGGACUGUUCUCUCCCAAGGCUGCUGGUGGAAAUCCCACUAGUUUUUUUAAAGUCAGAGUCCCAUCUGACUUUGGGAGAAGGUAAGAGACCUUAGGCUGAGGCAGAGCUGGGCUUACGAGAUUCACAUUCACCAGACUGGUCCAUCACCAGAUACCUCCACUUGUCAAGAAACAGCCUUUGUUCUCCCUACUCCUUUGUUUUAAUCUGGAAUAUUUUACUGUAAACAUCUUUCUCUUUAGAUCUCAUUGCUCUGUCUUUUCAAAAGUAUGAAUGGGACUUGAUUUGAAACUACACCGUUCCUUCCCUUGGCCACAUUAAAGUGCAGCUGAUUUGAAUGCUUUUUUUUCUAUUGUAAGUGUGCUCAAAAAUCUUUGUGCAUUUCCCAGGAUAUUAAAAGAUAAGGAUGUGGUCAGAUCUUUGUGGGAAGCUCCACAGUUCUCUGAGGGAAAAAAGAACUGUCUUUGGGUGUAAAAGACAAACCACUGGAAAAACCUUGGUAAGACUCUCAGACUUAGGUAGUUGACUGUCUCUAUGCCAUUCCUUCUGCCUGUAGUAUCUUUGCCCAGUUUGCUCUUGUUGUGGGAAUACACCUUGGGCAAAUACCCAAACUUUAUUGUGAGAACCAGUUCGUGCUGUAGCUUUUACCUGUGAUGUUGUUCAUUCCCAGAGCACAAGAACUGCCCGCUGGCCUUGACUCCUAAGUGUGGGUUUUAUUUGAGAACUGACAAGUGGAAGAUGCUACAGGAAACUUUCACCUAAACAUUGUUUUGUGUUUAUUUUUUUCUUGUGUUUGGUUUAAGAAUUAGAAAAGAAACUGUUUGAUUUCUUUAUCUGAGCAAAAUUAAAUUACUCAUCAUUCUUUCAAAAUUCCAAAGAAAUACUAACAAGGACAUCUCUCAGCUGAUACUGGAGUUUUCCGUUUUAUAAUUUAAAAUAUGGGAGCUGAUUCUUAGGUGGGUCAGUUGUCCCAGGAAGUGUUGAAUAGUGUAUUGGGAAUGACUGUGUUGGUUUACGUCAGUUUUUGUAGCUUGAUGAGGUGUUCCCGUGCUAUCAUUAGUUGUGCAAUAUGGUUGUAGCCUCUCAGUUUAUGAAUAAUUUAAAUGCAAUUCCUUUGUUUUGUUGUCUAAGAGAUAGUUAUUUAUCUUGUUCUUUAUAGUAUUCUUGGGAACUAUUUUGUUACUAUGUAUUCGUGAUUUAUGCCCAUUAUUAUUUAUUUAGAACAAUAGUACCUUUGUAAUGACUUAUUUGGUGGCAAUAUAUUUUGCUGCAAAAAAUAAAGAGAAUAUGACAGAA